AUGGCCAAGACGGAGCUUGAAAAUGCCAGCGUAGUCGACCACAACCCUCCGAAGCUAAUUAGCGUGUCCGCGUCAAAACUAGCCUCAACGGCCUCAUCAACAAGGCGGUGCAACACCGGCUCCACCUCGGCGUCCGCUUCGGUCCCUAGCACUCACGUAGUCACUCGGGCCAUCAUCAGCUUCAGCUUCGGCAGCGUCAAUAUGCUGCUGGGCGAGUUGCUCAAACAUGUCGUCGAGGUCAACACCAAUCGACUGCAGCGUCGUCCUUCCCAGGAGAAGCUCCUCUUCGGGCGCAUCUAG